GCCUGCAAAACAUUGAUACAGAAUACCAGAAUAGUGCUUUUCCCUCUCAGUGCUCUGCAAGGCCACCGUCCCCCUCCCAGCACAGAGCCUCUGCUGUCACAGCACCCAGGACAUUUGUUUGCAAUGGGGGGAGGCUGGAAUGACCAUCCCAGCACAGGAAUGCAGCUGCAUCCACCCCCAUCAGUGCUACAGCUCAGCUACCAAACCUUUUUGUGACCCUCUUUAGAAACUGCCAGGAAAGGCCUUGGUUGGCUCUGCAUGUACAAAGAUCAUCUGUGCACCUGUAGCUGUUCAGGAAUGUUCAGGACCUUGGACUCACUACUGCCCAUGUGUAGCAGCUUCCCCAGACUCCUCCUGCUGCCUUUCCCAUCAGGAAUGCUGGCAGGUAUGGAUCCUGCUGCAUGCUGUUGKCACUUUGGCUACGAGGAGCUGACCAGCAGGUCUCCAAGGCCUGUGGGUGGCACAGCUCCUCUACCAGCCCCUUGUCAUCAGAGGAACAGAGACCCCUGGAGAGCAGAAGCCCAGAACAGAGCGGCAAUGGAUCUCCCAGCAGGGAUGUCACUGGCAUCUCAAGUCCAUCUGGGUCCUCAGCUGAGAUUGGAGCAUUUGGCCUUUCUACUCUGAACAGAGUGUACCUGGUUCCCUGCCCAUGGCAGGGAGUUGGACCUAGAUUAUCUUUAAAGACCCUUUCAACCCCUGUCAUUUUGUGGUUAUCAAUCGUAUUAUUCAGAUCAACACUUUAUUAGAGGAACUGUUGAGUUCUGUACUGAUUACACAGAAACUAAGAUGAAAUCUGUUUGGACUUCCAUGUGCCUUUCACACAAAUAUAUAUUUAGAAGAGUAGUUAAACAUGGAGCAGUCAUGAUCUUACUGCAAUGAGUUAAAAAGAUGUGUUUUGCUCUGCAAAUUCAUGCCAGAACAAUUGAUUAUUUUCUUCCAUAUGAAAAUGUUUAUGUGGGUUUUUCUAAAUACUUUGACUUUGCAAAUAGCUCAUGAAGAUAAAUUUUAAGUUUUAGGUAGUACUGGCAAGUCUUGCUCAAAACUCAGUCACGACCUCAGCCUUUCACAAAGCUUAGGGCAUUUUUUCUCCAUGAAACCUCUCUCCUUUUGUUUUUCCCUCUGGUUUGAAAGAAUCUGAGACUGCUUUAAAGCAAUUCCAAAAUGUAGCUGAAUGUUACCACUAUAUGUCAUCAGCAAUGAAGAUGAYUGACAGAGAGGCUGCUAAUGUUUGUGAAAUGUGGGUCAGUCUGAGGUUGAGCCACUGAUUUUUCUUCAUCACUAAAAUAUUUGGUAUAAUUUCAUGGAUUUAUCAAUAGACAUUCUGGUAACACACUAAAGUUACUGAUAUUGGAGGAACCUGGUAUUCAGAUAAAUGUAUUUUUUACUUUACAAAGCAAAAUUCCUUUCUCUAAUUUAACAGUCUGUGAAAGGAGGGUGAUUUUCAUUAGGUUAAGCUAACCAUGCCUGCUGCUGCCAAGGAGCAGAGAAAAUGCAGCUUUCUUUAUGGCUUGUUCCAUUUUAAAUUGUAGCUAAUGGACAUCUUUCCAGUCAUUACCAACAUCCUCUCUCUAACAAAGUUCCCAAACUGAAUCAUAAGGGCACAGGAACUCACUUGAGACACCUGAAAGGUUUUUCAGCCACAAAGCUCUGCAGGCAGGGCUGCCUUGCCAUGAGACACAGCAAGAGCAUUCUGUGACUGAGGCUGGAGCUGCUGCUGGCUCUGAUUGUGUCAGUGCUGGUGCUCCAGGAGUGGUGAUGCUGCACCCAAAUGUGAGUACGGGGAGCAGUCCCUAAAGCUUCUGGGGAGGAUGGGUUUGGGGUAGAAGGAAAUAAAGCAAAGAAAAACCCAUGUAUGUAACUUCACAGUGCUGGCAGCUUGAGAGGAUCUUUGCCAGAGYAUGAGCCUGAUGAUUUGGCCUGUUCUGAUGGGGACAAAUGAGAUUAAUUAAGGGUUUGCAGCUCAAUCGUGGCUUGGCCAGUGAGCUCAGGAAUAUUUCUUUGGAUUAUGAAAGAGGUGGCAGAGAAAUCCUGAUCUGACCCCAAACUGAAACUGUUUCCAAGUGUCAAUUCAUCAAUCUUUUAGUUUAAAAAAUAAUAAUCAAGACAUUGCUUUGUUUUAUUCCCAUGGGGAGUUGCCUCUCCUGUAUGCACUGCUUCUGACACUUCCUGUAUAUAUUAUGGUGAUGAAUUUAUUUCUGUAUGGAUUUUUCUCCUGUGUAUUUAAAAAUAAGAAUGUUUCCUUUAAUGUUAAGCGACUUUGUGAUGUGUUUUCUUUUUAGGAAACCAAUAGAUAAAAUAUUUAGAUGAACUUUUGUCUUCUAUAAUUUCAUAAAUUCAGCAUCUGAGAUCCUUAAGCAAACCAGCAAAACACAUGGGAAKUUCCAGCAGUUUAAGACAUCCUAUGCAAUGGUGCAAAGUAAUCCAUGGAGAAUGACAUCUGUGGUUUUGAGACUGUUAUAGGAACCACUACCCAGGGUAAGGUUUUAUACGGAUGGUUCUGUUGGUUUUGACAUGGUUUUGCACACAGGCUCUUGGUCAAGAAUGCAAGAACUCAUAGAAACUAAUUAAAGUAUUAAGCCAGCAAUAUCUCAGCUUUACCAUAGUGGUAAAUAACUCCCCUGACCUGUCAAUGUAAUGUGCACCAAAAAGGCGUUCUUGGUCAGUGACUGCUGGUUCAAUGCUGCCCUCUAGAGGAGACGUUUUUAAAAACAGAAGCAAAUUUUAUGUAAAUUUUCUGCUGUGACAGUGUGCCUUAAUUGACAGCACUCUUACAGAUGGGCAUGACUUCAUGUAACUCUGGUCUCAACAGAUACUUGUAAAACCAGGAGUACAUGGAUAGAAAAUUCUUUUUUCCCCCAAAUCUGGUAGCUCUCUCAAGAAAUACCAUUAUACUCUCACAUUUUUUAGUGCCACUGUUGCCCAGAUAAUUUUAAGCAUUAUACAAAUACAGUCUACCUGAAGUAGGUUUCCUGACACACUUCUAUUUUUAAAAUUUUGAGCAUGGAARCUCUGAAUUAUUUCCAUUAUAGACAACAGACUGAUCUUUUAGAUAUGCAAAAAUAUUAGUAACAACAAAUGAUAAAAAUGUGAAAAUUCAAAUGUCUUCAAACCACUCAUCCUGUGCAAAUACUGCAGGUAUGUGCCUGAAUUCAGAACAAUGAGUUUGGUUCCAAUGUGCUCUAGCAUAGGAAGGAGUGUCCUCAGCAGUUUCCACAGGYGCAAAGAACUUCAGUAUUGCUUUGUUUAUUAUGAAACUCCUGAAUUUCACCUGUUCAGGACAGGCUGACAUACUGAGCAGCACAGCCAGCCUUGCAGGGUUUAACCAGAAGAUUUUCAAGUGAGAAGUGAAAUACAUGGAUAAUUUCAAGAGGCCUGUGACACUAGCUUGCCAAGGCAAUCACUGUGGCACACACUGAACCUGGCAACUUUACAGGACAGCAUUUAUGUAAGCCUGUUUCUUGACUCUUUUGCAAUAGUGUUUUAAUUUUUUUUUAACAAAAAGGAGGGGGCAGAUAGAAACAUCUGGUCACUCUAGUUAGUCCAGUCUCAGUGUCAUUUACUAGAGUCACCUGACUUCUGUGUCCCUGGCACUGCACUGGACCUGGCCAUAAUUAAUUUAGUUUGAAAUACUCUAYAGCUCCACUUCAGGAAAUCUAUUGCAGAGUGAAGAAAAACAGAGAGUGCUACAGCUGUACGAAUGACCCUGAAGAGCCUGUUUCUCCCUCCGAGUGGGGUGUGCGGCAGGAUGCACCCGAGCGGUGUAACCCCCGGGGUGUUUGGUUUAAGGCUACAGUUAGUGAACCUGUAACAAUCGCCUGCACCAAACUAYCUGGAAAAUCAGAACGUUGGCAAGAACAGCAAGAACAUAGUAAGAACAAUAAAAAGAACAUAGCAAGAACAAUCACAAGCUCUUCUUGCAAGCUGUUUUUUUCYAAUGACCCAGUGAAGAUCGUGAAGGCAAAAGGCCAGUACAUGUAUGAUGAGAAUGGGAGGCGAUACCUUGACUGCAUAAACAAUGUCGCUCACGUUGGGCACUGUCACCCUGACAUAGUAAAGGCAGCCCAUGAACAGAAUCAAUUAUUAAAUACAAAUUCUCGUUACCUUCAUGACAACCUGGUUGAUUAUGCAGCGAGACUUUCAAAAACACUACCUGAGAAAUUAUGCAUCUUCUAUUUUUUGAAUUCAGGAUCUGAAGCCAACGAUCUUGCCCUGAGAUUGGCACGGCAGUACACAAAGCAUGAGGAUGUUGUUGUUUUAGACCAUUGUGCCAAUUGUUUUUUAAGUGCUUACCAUGGACAUCUGACAUCUUUGAUUGACAUAAGCCCAUAUAAAUUCAGAAAUCUAGAAGGACAAAAGGAAUGGGUCCACGUGGCUCCUAUUCCGGACACAUACAGAGGACUUUAUAGAGAAGACCAUGAAGAUCCAGUAACAGCCUAUGCUGAUGAAGUGAAAAACAUUAUUGAGCAUGCACAUAAGAGAGGCAGAAAGAUUGCUGCAUUUUUUGUUGAAUCUCUACCAAGUGUGGGUGGUCAAAUCAUUCCUCCAGCAGGCUAUUUUCAGAAGGUUGCAGAGCAUGUACACAAGGCAGGAGGUGUAUUUAUUGCUGAUGAAAUUCAAGUUGGCUUUGGCAGGGUUGGCAAGCACUUUUGGGCAUUCCAGCUUCAGGGAGAAGAUUUUAUACCUGAUAUUGUCACCAUGGGGAAACCAAUAGGAAAUGGGCACCCACUUGCUUGUGUAGCAACAACAAAAGAAAUUGCAGAAGCAUUUACGGCCACAGGAGUAGAGUAUUUUAAUACAUUUGGUGGGAACCCCGUUUCAUGUGCCAUUGGAYUAGCUGUGCUAGAUGUGAUUGAGAAGGAACACCUUCAGGCUUAUGCCACAGAGGUAGGCAACUUUUUGAUGAAGCUACUCAAGGAACAGCAAAUCAAGCAUCCCAUCAUUGGUGAUGUCAGGGGUUGUGGUUUAUUCAUUGGAGUGGACCUAGUCAAGGACCAAGAAGAAAGGACUCCAGCCACAGCAGAAGCAGAGUAUUUAAUAACAAGACUUAAGGAAAAUUAUAUUCUACUGAGUACAGAUGGGCCAGGAAGAAAUGUGCUGAAAUUCAAGCCCCCAAUGUGCUUCAAUAUGGAGGAUGCAAGUUUUGUUGUGGAGACCAUUGACCAGAUACUAACAGGUUUCAAACAAUGUUCAAGAUCUACUAAGAAACAUUAUUCWACUAUAAUAAUGCACAUUUAAUCUUCAUCCUAACAUGUCUUAGACCAGAUAAGUCACCUUUGAUUUUUUUUUUGUUUUCAUUUAUCUUGUUUCUAGUAAAAGCUUUAGGAGAAAUAAAUUUUACAAGAGCUUGUCUCAA